CUGGUACAGUGGUGGAGGCUGUGCGUGGAAGAUGGGAAGGAACAUGUGCUCAGUGAAUAAUGUUAAUCGUUUGAUGGAUUGGUUUGUGUUCGGUAAGCACUAUACAUAUAUUUAUUGUUUACGGAGGAUGAUGUAUCGAGACUAUAUAAACAGCUGUUUCCAUUUAUUGUUAAUUAGUGGACAGGUGUUGACGGUAAAGUGUUCGGCGAGGGAAUCUGUGUCGUUACGGAAGGCGUGUCGUGACGGGCCGGGCGUGUAAUGGCGCGGCGGGCGUCAUUACGGGGACGUGUGUGUGUCGCGGGAGACAGGUGUAGCGGCCCGGGGGUGACAUGCCCGCUGGGGGAGUCAGCGUGCCCGGGGGCCCUUCACACGUGGGGGGGGCGCCACCCACGGAGCCUGGCGGCGUGUGAAGGCUGCCGCCGCGCCGCUCACAGCCGCCCCAGGCCGCCGCUGCCGCAGGGAGGCCGCGGCGGGGACACGCAGGUGGGGGGGCGGCGGCGUGUGUCCCCAGCACCAUGGUGGCCACGGCGCCGCCAUGGCCCCGCCCAGCGCCCCGCCCCGCCCCGGGAGCCACACCCCCGCCGUGACGCGAAACUCGCUCCGCCCCGCGUGACGUCACGGGUGGGCCAGGUGGCGGCGGCUCAGGUGUGGCGGUGCGUGGCGGCGGCGGGAGUCUGGACAAUGUCAUCAGGGUGCGAGGGCGGCUGGCCCGGCUACCCCUACUGCGCCUACCCUGCACCGCCGCCCCCGCCGCCCCCGCCACCGCCACAGUGGCCGCCACACCACCACCACCACCACCCGCACCAUCACUUUCACCACCACCACCAUCACCACACUCCGCCGGACUUCUGCGGCGGCCAGAGUGCCCCAGCGCCGCCACCGCCGCUGGUGUCCUACGGUGACGCAGGCGCCGUGCUGCCGCCCUGCCCGCCGCACUACUGGGAUGGCGACAACCUGUACGACGGCUGCGGGCGGGUGGUGCGCCGCAAGAGCUCCGCCAACAAGAAGGAGCGGCGGCGGACGCAAAGCAUCAACAACGCCUUCGCGGAGCUGCGGGAGUGCAUCCCCAACGUGCCCGCCGACACCAAGCUGUCCAAGAUCAAGACGCUGCGCCUCGCCACCUCCUACAUCGCCUACCUCAUGGAGGUGCUGCACGGCGACGACGGCGGGGCCGCGCCCGCGCCGCCGCCGCCUCCGGGGCCCUUCCCGCCCGCAGCCGCCUCCUCCGCCCACCAGGCCGCCACCAACACCGCCACGCCCGCCGCGGGACACGGCGAGAAGGACGACAGCGAUAUGGACACCGACCCUUCCCCGAACUCCACCAGCCUCCACCAACAGAGGGGGGUCUCCGUAGCGCACUCCACCACCACCACCGCUACCCUCAACACCUCCACCACGCCCAGCACGCAGGCAGCCCCCACCACCACUCCUGCCGACGCCGCCGCAGCCACGGGAAUGGAGAAACAGCGCCGAGGAAGAACUGGCUGGCCGGAGGCGGUUUGGGCGCAAGAACUGAAGCAUUGAGACCUUCUGGGAUGUGUCUUGGAGGGCGAGUGUUUGCGUGCGAGGGAGUGAAGGAAGAAGUGUUAGAGAAGGAGGAGGAAGGAAGAAGACUAAGAGAAAGAAGUGGAGGAUGGGAUUAGUGUAUGAGGAGAAGAGUUGGACUGGGAGAAGAGGAUGAAGUGGAAAAAGAGUUGAACGAAUGAAGAGAAAAAAAAGGAGGAAUUAGAAGAGGAAGAAAAAUAGCCGUAAGAAAAGAAUUGGAAUACUGGGUUAGUGUAUGAAGGAAAAGUGAAGAGGUGGAUUAUAAAAAGUGGAAGGAAGAGGAUUUUAAGAGAAGGAUCGGAAAAUAAGAUAAUUUCGUAUGAAGAGAAAGAAGGAGGAAGAGAAAUGAAGGAAAAGGUGAAGGAUUAUUAUGGAGGAGGAGGCUGAGUGGAGAAUGUGGAGGAAUGGAAGGAAGUAGAUGUGUGGAGUGGAGAGAAGGAUGUGGAAGAUAUGGUAUGUGAUGAAGGAGGAGAAAGAGGAGGAGGAUAUGGUGUUACGUUAAGGUGUUAGGAAAGAUAUCUGUAUCGUGAGUGGAAGAGGAAGAGGAGGAGAAGGAGGAAGAAGAAGAGGAGGAGGAGGAGGAGGAAAAAGAAGAUGAAGUAAGAGUGAAAAUGAAGGAAGGAAAAGUGACAUAAUUAAAAAAUGUGUAUAGAAGAAGAAGGACCUUGUGUGUGUGUGUGUGUGUGUGUGUGUGUGUGUGUGUGUGUGUGUGUGCCAAAAACAAAAUAACCGAAAAAAAACCAUUAUACUGAAAUUCCGGUUAUUAUUUUUACUAUUAUUUUUCUUGUUUUCUUUUUUCUGUUUUUCAUCCCGAGUGAUUUUGAAUAAUUUUUCGGUUUUUGGAGUUUUCGUCUUCGGUGCCCGUUACGAGUUUCUUUUUGUGUUUGUUUGUUUGUUUGUUUGUGUGUAUAUAUAUGUUUACUACUUUGCUAUUUUUGUAUUGUCUAUUCUCGUAUUUCUUCCACUCUCUUUGUUUAUGUUUUUAUGUGUAUAUUUUUAUUUUGGUUAUCGUUUUUUUUUUUUUCCUCCCCUCUUCUUUUUUUCCUUUCGUUCAUCCCUUACUCCCUUUUAUUGGAAUUUUGUGUCUAUUAUUUUCUUUCUUCUUUUCUUCCUAACCUUCCCAUAUAUUGACAUUUCCUAUCUAUUUUUUUUUCUUAUGUAUAUUUAGAUUCUCUUAAAUAAUUCUCUUCGAUUUUUCUUUUCUGUUUUUUUCUCGUAUAUUGACAUUUCCUAUCUAUCUUUUUUUCUUAUGUAUAUUUAGAUUCUUUUAAAUAAUUCUCUUUAAUUUUUCCCUUCUGUUUUUCUCAUACUUUUUUAUUGGAAUUAUUAAAUCUUCAUUAUUUUCUUUCUUAUUCCUUAUCUUCUCAUACAGUGACAUUUCAUAUAUAUCUUUUUUAUUUGUAUAUUUUGAUUCUUUUUAUUAUCCCCUUAAAUUUUGUCCUUUAGUUCUUUUCAUACUCUUUCGGUUGAUUUUAAUUUCUUCUAUAUUUUGUUUCGUCCCAUUUCUCUCGUUUUCUUGUGUACUUGAAUCUCUUACCUCUUAUGUGUGUUUCAGGUUAUUUCUGUUUUCUAUCCUCUUCAUUUCAUAUAUAUCUUUUUUAUUUGUAUAUUUUGAUUCUUUUUAUUAUCCCCUUAAAUUUUGUCUUUCUGUUCUUUUCAUACUCUUUCGGUUUCUUUUAUUUUCUGCUAUAUUUUGUUUCGUUCCAUUGCUCUCAUUCUCUUGUGUAUUUGAAUCUUUUACCUCUUAUGUGUGUUUCAGUUUAUUUCUGUUUUCUAUCCCCGUCAUUUCAUAUUUAUCUUUUUUCUAUUUGUAUAUUUUGAUUCUUUUUAUUAUCCUCUUAAAUUUUGUCUUUCUGUUCUUUUCAUACUCUCGGUUGAUUUUCAUUUCUGCCUCAUUUCGUUUCUUCGUAUUUCUCUCAUUCUCUUUUAUAUGUGGUUCUCUUACCUUUUAUAUAUGGCCUAACUUCUUUUUAUUUACAAUCCCCCACAGUUUUGUCCUUCCGUUCCUCUCAUACCCUAGUGCAAAGAAAUUCGCGUAUAUUUUUCAUACUUUUAUAAUCAUCCUCGUCUUGUUUACCUUCUCUAUUUUUGUCCUCGUGUGCUUUUCAUACUUUAAUGUCACCGCCUAAUUGAGCUUCCGUUUAGUGUGUCUCCAGAGCUUGCAGGAGGAGGAUAUGCGUCUCUUCUUUCGCUUGCUGAGAAAUUUCUUUUGAUUAGAAAUAGAAAGCUUGGAAGAGAAUGUGGAUAGAAUGUGGAUAGAAUGAGAGAUAAGAAAGGAAGGUUGUGUGUGUGUGUGUGUGUGUGUGUGUGUGUGUGUGUGUGUGUGUGUGUGUAUAAUUUGUUAACAUGCAAAUACACACACACACACACCCACCCACACUCACACACACACACAUAGCAAGUCGCAUCAGAGUAUCAUUUUUCGUGUUCUGUCUGUCGUCUUGUGUGUGUGUGUUUGUUUGUGUGUGUGAGUAUGUGUGUGUGUGUGUGUGUGUGUGUGUGUGUGUGUGUGUGUGUGUGUGUUCUCGUACUUUUAAGCUAAAACUCCCGAUGUUGUAGAAUAUUGUAGAUCGUCUUUCAUAGGAUAAGAUUAUUAUUAUUAUCAUCAUUAUUAUUAUUAUUAUUAUUAUUAUUAUUAUUAUUAUUAUUAUUAUUAUUAUUAUUAUUAUUAUUAUUAUUUUCGGUUCACGUCUCCAUUUUUUUAUCUGUAUAUUUUGGAAGAGAGAAAAGGGAGAUAAAAGAUAAGAAGAAGAAGAAGGAUGGAAGAUGGAAGAAAUUAUGUUACUCUUAAGGAUAAAAAGGAAAACAAGAUGAGAAAAAGGACGCUAAAGAGGAAAAAGGAAAUAAUGAAUCCACGUUAAUUGCAUAAGGAAAUUACACCUGCUUUAAUUACCAUGUUAUCUGUACUUUGGAAUAUAUUUAAUAGAAUCUUUUCCACAAA